AUGGAUGCAAAUUACCUUCCUGAAUUAUGUAUGAAAGAAAUUUUAACAAAUUUAAAAAAUCAUCCAUCUGGAUUAUUAAAAUGUUCAUUAUUAAAUCGUCAUUGGAAUCAUUAUUUUUUACCUGAAUUAUGGAAAAAUCCUUUUAAAGAAAAUUUAGAAAGUAAAAUUAAUACAAAAAAAUUAAUUGAAACAUUUGUUAAUUGUCUUACAAUUAAUGAAAAAAGAUCCAUAAUUAAUAAUAAUGAUAUAAAUUAUAAAAAUCCUUAUUUAAUGUAUACAAAAUAUUUACAAGUUAUUGAUUUAAAUAAACUUGUAAAUUAUAUUACUUUUACUUAUCCUGUAAAUAAUCAUUUACAAAUUUAUAAAUUAUUAUGUUUUAAUUUUUUAGCAAAUUCAAAAAACAUAACAACAAUCAUUUUAUCAAAACAUUCCGUAUUUAAUAAUAAUACGGAUUUAUUCUUAUAUUCAAAUUCAAGAAAUUUAUCAACACUUAAAGAAAUAGAAUUUAAUGGUUUAUCAUUAUCAAAUUUAAUUUAUAAUUGUCGUAAAAUAUGUAAUGAACUUGAAACAAUUACAUUUUAUGAUAUAUCAGAAAGAUAUACUGAUUCUGAUAAAUAUUAUAAUUUAAAAAAUUUAAUUAAAUCACAAAAAAAUUUAAAAAAUUUAAAUAUUUUUGGUUUUUCAAUUUCACAAAAUAGAUAUUUAUAUGAAGCUAUUAAAUUUCAAUCUCAUUAUUUAAAAAAUAUUAAAUUUGAUUCAAUUGAUUUUAAUAGACAUUGUAAUUUAAGUUAUUUGAUAAAAUGUAAAAAUUUGGAGGAAUUACAAUUUUUAAAUUGUAAUUUUUAUGGUAAUACUUUAAAUAAUAAGAUUAUUAAUCAAGAUGAGAGGAAUGAUUAUUAUUCUGAUGAAGAUGAAGAUAUUGUUGAUAUUGAUAUUAAUUUUCAAUUUAAUAAUAAUAUUAUAUCAAAAUUAAAUUUUCUUAAAUUUGAAAAUUGUAAUCAAUUCGGUUUUUAUGAUAAUCAAUCUUUAAUUAUUUUGAUUUUUGGAAAAAGUUUAAAACGUCUUCAUAUUGUAAGAGAAAAUGAUUCAAAUCAUUUAAGAUCCGUUAAUUUAUUAUCAAAUGAUUUAAGAUCAAUUAAUUUAUUAUCAACAAUUACAAAAAGAUGUGAAAAUUUGGAAGAAUUACAAAUUUCAAGAUGUUUUAAUAAUAACAACAACAGAAAUAUUUUUAUUAUUAACAACAACAACAACAACAACAACAAUAAUAAUAACAACAAUAAUAAUGAUGACAACAACAAUGACAACAAUAAUAAUAUCAUUAUAAAUAAUAAUGAAGAUGAAAAUGAAAAUAUUAUUAAUGAAUCAAAAUUAAAAUAUCUUAAAUUUGAAGAUUGUAAUCAAAUUCAUUUAUUAAAAAAUUGUUAUUUAAUAUUUUCAAUUUGUGGUCAAAAUUUAAAUUAUCUUUAUAUUAGAGGAAAAGAAAUUUUAGAAAUUACUAAAAAUGUUAAUUUAUUAUUAAUAUUAUCAACAAAUUGUAAUAAUUUAAAAUUACUUAAACUUUCUAUUACAGAAAAAUAUUUUAAUUAUAUUCCUUCAUUAUUUACUUCUUGUCAAAAAUUACAAUUCAUUUCUUUUAAUAAUUAUGAUCAAAGGAAUUUAAUUAAUAUUGAUUUAUCAAAAAUUGGUUUAACUUUACCUCUUUCAUUAAAAAAAUUUACCAUGAAAAUGAAUUUAUAUUUUACCCCUGAAAAUUUUAAAGAAUUUUUAAUUAAUAUAAAAGAUAAGUUAAAUUUAGAAGUUUUGAAUUUUAAAAGAUGUGAAUUAUUUGAUAAUGAUCAUUUAAAUAUGUUAAUUAAUUAUAAUAAUGGUAAUUUAAAAAGAUUAAAAAUUAAUGCUUCUAUUAAAGUUGAUUAUGAUGUUUUAUCAAAAGCGAACCAAUUUUUAAAAAUAGAAAAUCCUAAAUUAGAAAAUAUUAGUUUGGAUAUUAAUCAAAUUAGGGAAAUGAUGCCAAUAGAAGAUUAG